CACGUCUCAGCGAUCCACACAGCUGUGUCUCUGCCUCUCUCCACCCCCACGUCCAAUUGGUCACCCCAGCCUUUUAAAGCUCACUCGUAGCCUUCACGAUCUGAAUUUCCUCACAUUACAAAGCAAGAGGGGAACAGAAGUUACUGGUGUGCCACAAUGAGGAAGGCUCUGGUUCUGUUGUGUGGGUCUGUCCUGAUGCUGGCUCAGUUCUGCAUUGCAGGCACUGCUGAAAAUGAGGACAGUGGACGAACCAAGAGAGAUGCACGCACUCUCAGAGUCACCACCAUUCUGCAAGAACCAUACACAAUGGAAAAAAACAGUGCACUGGAGGGAUACUGCAUAGACUUAAUGAAGGAGCUGUCCAAAAAGCUGGACUUGAAAUACACUGUCCACCUGGUGAAGGACGGGUUCUACGGGAAGCAAGACGCGCAGGGCAACUGGAAAGGGAUGAUUGGAGAGGUUGUGAGAUCGGAGGCGGAUUUGGCCGUGUCUUCUCUGACGAUCACUGCCAUGCGAGAGAAAGCUGUGGAACUGACCAAGCCCUUCAUGCAGACUGGGAUCGGCAUCAUCCUGAGGAAGGAUAUCGUCUCCUCCGAGUCGCACUUCUUCGAGUUCCUCAACCCCUUUUCCAAGGAGACCUGGAUCGGAAUACUCAUCGCAUACCUGAUGACGUCUGUCUGUCUCUUCAUUGUGGCCAGGCUCAGCCCGUGUGAAUGGAGUGAACCCCAGACUGAAGGCAAUCGAUUUACGCUGCUUCACAGCUUCUGGUAUGCAGCUGGAGCCCUGACCCUGCAAGGUGCUGGGCCACAGCCGAAGGCCUUGUCUGUACGAGUUAUCAGUGUCAUCUGGUGGCUGUUCACAGUAGUGCUCCUAGCCUCUUACAUCGCCAGCUUCAGCUCCAUGCGCAACUCUGACAGCGCAAAGCUCUCCAUUGAGACUUUCGAGGACCUCGCAAAGCAGGAUAUCAUUGAAUACGGGACAAUUCGGGACUCCUCCACAUUCAGCUUCUUUAAGAACUCCAACCACCCCACCUACCGCAUGAUCUAUGAGCACAUGCAGAGGAGGCACAGCCUGGUGUCCUCAGUGGAGGAAGGGAUCAGGAAGGCUCAGGGCGGAAGCUUUGCCUUCAUAGGGGAGUCCGUGUCUCUCGACCUGGCCGUGGCUCGCUACUGCAGCCUGACGAGGGUGCCUGAGGUCAUUGGGAUGAGGGGCUAUGCAGUAGCCACUGCACUUGGCUCUCCUCUGGUGAAGAACCUGAGCGUGGCUAUCCUGCAGCUGACUGAAUCGGGGGAACUGGAGUACCUUCGGGAGAAGUGGUGGGCCACCACCUGUGUGUCAAAGGAGGGGGGCAGCUCCGGCCCCCUGAACCCUCACUGCCUGGGGGGGAUUUUCUUCAUCCUGGCUGGGGGGCUGGCUCUGGGGGUGCUGCUGGCCCUAGUAGAACUGGCUGUCAAAUCCAAAACCAGUGCAGAGGAGCAGAAGAAGUCAUGCUGUUCGGUUUUCUCGGAGGAACUGAGUUGUCGCUUUAGGAACAGCAGCUCUAAGAAGGACCGGGACGUUCCAGAGAAAAGCAAAGCAUAAGGAUCUCGGGAAUCGCUUCUUUAAAAACACACACACAACACGACCGAGACUAACCUUUCUUGAUGAGUACAGAAUUACUAAUAAUUUGGCAGAAGUGCUAACGGUCAUUCAAACCACUCUGCCUGUCUUUUAGUCUUAGCAGCCUUAUGCCGUUCACAAGAUUUGUGAAUCCACAAGCACAAUGGUAUACUAUAUCUUUAAUCCGAUUCUGGCAUACAGUGUUAUUCAGGUAGUUUAAAUGCACAGGAAGCUUUUAAUCAUUUUUUUUUUUUCUGCAAUGUUGACGGAAAUGUAAAAUGUGUCAGGGGAUGAAGUAAACAGAAAUUGUAGGGUAGAGUACAUUGAAAUAAAACAAAACCAAGAGAGCAUAUUAGAAAGGUUCUCGACAUCGAGGAAAUGUGAGGUGUGUGUAAGUGGCAGUUAUUACUGCACUUGAACUUGUCUGGGCAAUCAUUAAGACAUGGGUGAAAUGGGUGUUGAAAUUGUCUACCGAACUGUAACUACACACGUUUCACAGCCCCAGAUUAUAAGCACUAAUAGUAUGUUUCUUAUGUAAUGUAGCGCAUAUGAUCAGUGCAAUUCAGGGUCUGGUAUAGCAGCUCCUAGUGCUUUAAUCAAUAUUAUUUUGGACACUUUUUGAGGUUCUCCUCCAGUCAAAGCCUAGUGCCGUAGCCCCCCAAUAUUAUCCUGUUUCUGAUGCACAUAUAACAUCAGAAAUAGGGAAUACCUUUCCAUAGCUACCACCUCAGUCAGUAGACAUGCCUAUAUGACUGCCAUUGCUGUUGAUGCUAUUGCUAGGGCACAGACACACAAGGCAUAGCCAGGGCACCUCUGCAGAACACAUGCAUUCAGAUUCCAAACACUUUAGUUUAGUCUGGAAUUCUUAACCCAGAUUAUCCAAACAGCUGGCAAGACUGUAUGAAUGACCUGCUGUUCCAUACAUACAGUACCUUUGUUUGUGAGAGUCUGUUAGAAGUCAUAGCAUGUGCUGUACCCCCUCUCUAACAUUUCAUGUUCUGAAUAAACCAUCUGCAAUUCUUUAAAAGUAUUAAAAAAUAAAAAAAUAACUACUACUUUCAAAGCAACCCUGAUGCUAUUAUGCAUCACCUUUAGAUUUUAAACUAAAUGUCUAUUCAAAUUCUGUUUCUGGUAUGAAUAUUGAAGAUUUCUAGGCAUGUCUGAUGCAUAAUGCUAAUAAGCAUCCUGGCAUUAUGUUUCUGUUUGGCACAGAAAUGUUCUCUAAGCAGUACCGAGGUGCCCUACAAAUUCUGGAUAUAUGAUUAAAAAUAUAUAUAUGUUUGGUAAGGCAGAAGGAAUGCCAUUGCCAUCUCACAUUUCGUAAUUCUAUUUUCUACAACCAGAACAAAAAAAAACAAAAAAAAACACAGUAUGAUGAAUUCCCAACCAUGAACUUUAUGAAAGCCAACCAAAUGUGUUAAACAGUUCUGUAAAGGAAUGUGAUUGCAGUAUGCAUCUGUUACAAUCAUUGCUCAUCCAGUCUGAGUUUAUGUAAGAGCACAGUGAAUAGAUAACACACCGCCUGUUAGAAAUCUUACUUUAAGCUGAACUGCUGUUCAUUGUAACUGAAUUUCACUUUUAACACUGCUUACGUUUUCAGAUCAGAAGUGUGUUAUUAUUACAAUCAUUCUGUUUUAACAAAUGUGUCUACUUUGUAUCUGCAGUAGAAAUGAAUCCACGCAUAACAGAGCACAUAUAUGUAACACUGUGAUCAAACACUAAACUACAAGAGAGAUUUGUCUUUUUUAUCUAAUAAAAGCAACUGCUAACAA